AAUAAAGUACAAUAUUCAACAGUCAGUAUCGAUGUUCCGAUGCAAACUGACCGCUUACUGACAUUUCGUAAAAUUUUAUUCAAUUUUUUUUUUACAAUUAAUAUUGUUUGUGUUUUUAACUAGAUAUAAAAAAAAAUGUAUUUGUUAUUGUAAUUUAGUGUUUUUAUUUGGCGCGUCGAAUUUUUGUUUUGCGUUCGAAUUUUAAAAUGAAGACAGUGGUUAAGAUUCUAGUUAUUUUUAAUAUACUAAGUUGCGGGCAAACGUCCGAUCUAGUGAAGAAAUGGGGGAUUGUCGGUACACCUUUGGGAAGAGCUCGGCCUUGCAAAGGAAAUGACGUCGUUGAUGCAUCCUUCGAAGCAGGUUUGAGUCCCGAGGAAGAAAAUAUGUAUCAUUUGAACAUUUAUGAAGUAUUUCCUGCACAAUCUCGUAUUAUAAUUAAGUUUGACUCUGAAGCAACCGUAACAUUGGUUAACGAUACUGUGGCAAGAAUAAGAACUAUCAAAUCAGAUUUAGAAGUUUUUAUAAGUUUCUUCAAACCGGCGUCGUAUUUCAGUGUCAUUGUUAAGGGACCCCAAACAGGAACGGUGCCAUAUCCCACUUCAAUCGUUGUAAACACCGUAGAGUACUGUGAACAUCCAGCGCCUGGAUUUCUUGACGGUGUCAUCGAGGGAUAUAAAGGAACAGCGCACGUGGCUCUUACAGUACCCACUGGUUCCUGUGGGAGACGUAAAGUAACGCACACCGAGCUGAUCGUGAAUGGCCAGCCUACCAAGCCUGGAGACUGGCCCUGGCACGGAGCCAUUUACAGACUGGAGCAAUAUUCUGUAAAAUACAUCUGUGGAGGAACACUUAUAUCGAAAACUUUUGUUUUAACAGCCGCUCAUUGCACGACAAUCAAUGGAGAGCCAGUAUUGGCUGAGUUAUUGAGUAUCAUUUUUGGGAAGUACCACCUGACUGGUGGCGAUGUUGCAACUCAAGAGAGAGAGGUACAUCAAGUUAUAGUGCAUGAGGAAUAUAACGCAAGAAAACUAGACAACGAUAUCGCACUGUUGAAGUUAAAGACCGAAGUAACAUACGACGAUUACGUCCAGCCGGCUUGUUUGUGGCAUGCGAAUGCUUAUAAGAAAUUACCAACUGGAACCAUCAAGGGGACUGUAGUCGGUUGGGGAUUUAAUCACAACGACCAACUCUCCAGUACCCUCCAUCAAGUGACUCUACCAAAAAUAUUAGAUGGCCCAUGCAUUAAAAGUAAUACCGCCUUUUUCGGAAGGCUCUUAAAUAAUAGGAAAUUCUGCGCUGGAUACAGGAAUGGUACCUCAGCUUGCAACGGUGACAGCGGUGGUGCAUACCAAGUGUUUGUUCCUGACGUUACUGGAGAGUCAUCAGCUAAUGCUACUGGCGCCUGGCAUGUCCGUGGCAUCGUUUCCCUCGCCUUAUCGCGCCCCAAUGAACCAAUUUGUGAUAACACCCAAUACACAUUAUUUACCGAUGUCGCUUCGUUCGUUGGCUGGAUAAAGAGGCACACUGAGGCUAAUAAUUAGCGUCAUCGAUGUACUGAUUAAAAUUAUUUGUUAAAAUUACUAUAUUUUAAUAUUGUAUCCUUAUUAAUUAAUAUGGUAUUUAAUAUGUUAUCCUUAUUAAUGUUAUAAAUAUGAAAAGAAACUUU